AUGGAAAUUACAACUCGGAGUGCGGAAGUACUUCAAGGAGAGAAUGAACAAGUGGUUGACGUGGAAGAUUUCGAACAAGAAGUUGAGGCACAAGUUGAAGUGUCAAUUGUUGUGGAAGCUAAAAAGGUUCACGAAGAGUUGAACCUUCAAGAAGUGAACCGGGAAGAGGUUAAGGAAAAGGUGAAAGAGACUCCAAAAACUCUAGCACCAAUUCCUAGACCUCCUCCCCCUUUCCCUAAAAGACUUUCUAGGAAGGUUGAUGAUAGUAAACUCGGGAAGUUCUAUGACAUUCUCAAGCAAUUAUCGAAUGAAGAACCUAGAGCUUUUACCAUUCCAUGCACUAUUGGGGCGAGCGAUUUUGCAAGAUCUCCUUGUGAUAAUGAGGCUAGCAUCAAUUUAAUGCCUCUUGCUAUUUACAAGCAAGCGGGGUUAGGUAUGCCGAGGCCUACAAGUAUGAGGUUUCAAAUGGCCGAUCGUUCAAUAAAGAGACCGGUGGGAAUUGUUGAUGAUGUGCUUGUGAAAGUGGGAAAGUUCCUCCUCCCCGCCGACUUUGUGAUCCUUGAUUGUGCUGUUGACAAGGAGAUCCACAUCAUCUUUGGGAGACCAUUUCUUGCUACCGGAAGAGCACUAAUAGAUUCAAAACGAAAUGAGAUUAAGUUCCGAGUUAAUGACGAAGAGGUUACCUUCCAAGCAAGCAAGGGUAUGAAGUUUCCACAUGCUUAUGAAAGCAUCUCCUUCAUUGAUGUUGUUGAUGAGGUAGAAGAUGCAUUUUAG